GAGUCAGCUGCGAGGGCCCAUCCCUCCGCCAGGUCGUCCGCGUCGGAUUUUUAUUUUCCAGCGGGCAUCCAGGAUCGCGAGUCGCGCGAGCGAUCGCUGGCACGGGCUGAUCGAUGGCGCGCGGCGACGAGGACAGCGUCGGGACGGCGCACUACUGCGCAUGAAGGCUACGUCAGUCCUCCAUGUGUCGAUCCAGCCGAGCCGGUCGGAACGGCGGACACCUGCUAACCUCUCCGUCUCUACCCGUCGCCUCGGCCGAGCGUGGACCGAGUCCCCGUCUAGGAGCGCCUCAUGCUCGCAGCUAGAAUGUCCAAUUUGCGGAAAUUCAUAGACAUCGGGGCCAAUUUAACGGAUUCCAUGUACCAGGGGAUCUACCACGGGUCCCAGAAGCAUCAGCCGGAUUUGGAUAAAGUUUUGGAGCGGAGCUGGAGCAACAAUCUCUCCAAGAUCAUCAUCACGGCCGGCAGCGUGGAGGACAGCAAGAAGGCCCUCGAGUUGGCGAGAACCGAUGACAGACUGUACUCGACGGUCGGCUGCCACCCGACCCGCUGCAACGAAUUCGACGAGUGCGGCGACCCGGAGGAGUACCUGAAGUCGCUGUCGGACCUGGCGCUGAACAACAAGGACAAGGUGGUCGCCAUCGGCGAGAUGGGCCUCGACUACGACAGGCUCAACUUCUGCCCGAAGGAGACCCAGAAGAAGUACUUCGAGCUGCAACUGUCGUUGUGCUCGACGCUGAAGCUGCCGAUGUUCCUGCACUGCCGCAACGCCAGCGACGACUUCGUGCGAAUUCUGAGGAAGCACAAGAACGAGCUGACGCCGGGCGUCGUGCACUCGUUCGACGGCAAUCCGGAGGACGCCAAUUCCAUACUACAGCUAGGCUUGUACAUCGGCGUCAACGGAUGCUCGUUGAAGACGGAGGAGAACCUAUUCGCGAUCACUACCAUUCCUUCGGACAGGCUCAUGAUAGAGACCGACUGCCCAUGGUGCGAGAUCAGGCCAACGCACGCGUCCGCGAACGACGUUAUCACGCACUUCCCGUCUGUGAAGAAGGAAAAGUGGCAGGCGGAUCAGAUGGUCAAAGGACGGAACGAGCCCUGCACGAUAGUUCAAAUAUUGGAAGUCCUGGCGCGGAUCAGAGACGAGGAGGAGGAGUACCUGUGCAAUCAAAUCUACAAGAAUACCAUGAAGCUCUUCUUCCCGUACGAAUUGUAGUGCGCGAGUACUCGCCGCCGCGGUAACACGGGCGGACUCCAAGUGCGCUGACGUGACACGCAUUCGCGAAAGUAAUCAGGGAUAAAAGCUGUGAACGUGAACGCAAGAACUAAGGAAGAAGAAAAAAGAAAUAACAAGAAAUAAGAGGCACGCCGCUGAAUUUCUAUUGAAGGGAGGAAAUGAAGACACUCAUUUUUACAUACGUGGCUUUAUAUGGAAGUGGCUCAACGUCACUGUCCACAGAUCUCUCUUCCCAUGUAAAACUUUAAUAUAUUCUUGUUAAAAUUAUAUUAUCAUAUCU